GCGAAGGCUUGCUCACACUUGUCCUGUCAGCAGAACGCCAGCUCUAGACCUCAGCAGCACACAGGCACUAGCUCACUCGGCGCGUCUCCUUGCGCAUGGUUGGAGUUGCCAACAGGGUCUGGGGGUAAAGGUUGUGGAAAGCUUCUUUUUUUGUUUUACUGAAAUUGAUUCUGCGGCUGAUAUUCAGAAGAAACUUUACAAGCCGCAAUAUAUAGGACCAUUACUUCAAAAGCGACGGAUCUUUUUCACAGAGGUAACGGAGAGCGCAGAGCUGGAAUUGAUAUUGCCUGAGACUACAUCUUGGCUUCGUUUACGAAGUUGGAGACUAGCAACAUGGAUUUGACACUUCUCUAGAUUUAGCUACACUUCUCGGAUACUCUCACUUUUCUUUAGAAAAGGGGACAGCUGCGAAUUCAUCCGUUUGAACGUUUGUUAAACUUCCCUAUCAUUAAGCCUGAUUUCCAUGAAAAUGGCAUUGAAGAACGCACGAGUGGUGUCGACACAGAUGCUUUUUUGGCUCGUGGUUGUGUGCCACUGUGUUCCAGUGCUGGCAUGUAGCAGCACCUAUGAGUACGCCAUCGAGGAGUUCUGCCUGGCCAAGUUCCAACUGGACAUGGAGGCUCUGGACCAGCAUCACUGGUGCAGCUGGGAGGACACCAUCGAGUCAUAUGGAGAACUGACGAACUGCACCUACCUGGUGGCCCUGAAAAUGGACUGCUUCUGGCCUAACCACUUGGUGGAUGAGUUCUUCAUUCGCAUCCACAAGCACUACUUCUAUGACUGCUCUCUGUCUGGUCGACGGCUCCGCGACCCACCCAACCGCAUCCUGGGGCCUUUCAUCGUGGUGCCCAUCCUGGUCACCCUGCUCAUGACUGCCCUAGUGGUGUGGAGGAGCAAGCGCAGCGAGGGCAUUGUCUAGCUGGGGCCAGAGACAGCAGCUAGGGACCUGCAGGCUCUAGGAUCAGUUUAGCUCACAUUGAUUCCAACCCUGCCCCACAGGAGGAGGAUACUAAACUGACCCUAGAUUGGCACCUAGGAGCCCCUCUGACAGGUACAAAUCCACAAACAAUACAGCCAGGAGACAGAGUUGGGGUAUGCUCCAGCACUGGUGGACCAAACACAAAGACAGGAGGGGGAAAUAAUGAUCUGAUAAGCAGAACUCAGUGAUGACUACAGGAGACUGGAACACAGUGCUGAGUACACUCUGCACUCAGCCAUUACCUCUUAAUGAGACCUAGGGUUAUAAAGGGAAUUUUGUUGGAAGUAUGGAAGCAAAUGUGUCAAGGAGUUGCUUAUGUAAAAGAAUGGACAGGUGCAAUCCUUGCGGGGAUUUCACAUUCCCUGUGUGGAGCGUUGGCGCGGGUCCUUUAACAGGCAUCGCUAGGAACAGAGACAAAGGUCUGCCCCCCAUCAUGCCUUUCAGCUCAGUCCUGCUCUCUUACUCUACUACAACAUUUGGGCAUUUUUCCCUUUGUACCAAAAACUGGCAGAGUUCAAAGAAUUGCUUGAAAAUAAAAGCCCUGUUUGGUCAUCAAUGGAAAUGGAUGGAAAAAUGGAAAUUGCCUUGCUCAACAACUGUUUGAAUCUGAAGUACUUGACACUAAUAAUGAAAUUGAGAGACUUUGACAUUUCUAUUAACUGUGUAAAGUACAACAUGGAUCAAAAAACAAUAAAUUAUAUUACCUUGUACAAUGUGUUUAAAAGUCACCAAAGUCACAGAAGCUAAUGUCCUCUGGAUGGAAUCUUUAAAGAAAGACCAAUUACAUUUUCACAGGUAAACUCCCAAUGAAUGAGGAUACAUGUGUUUGUACCCGCAGAGCUGAAGGCCUGGUCAGAAGCUUGUAUUUGGCAGAUGCUUUAUAUCAAAGACAGGUUGGGAUUUGAUCAUGGGACUUCUUGAUCAGUAGUCAAAUGUUCUACCCACUCUUAAUAUCGCCAAGGGUUCAACACAGCUUUCAGGUCCACCUUUGAUUACUUGAUUUGGACACACCUGGUCUGGUUUUGUCUUUCUGCGUCCUUGUCUGGUGGCCUGGCUGCGCUCUGCUUUGUCAAUAUGCCCUCUCUAGAAAGAGCUGGAAACACACCUUUCCUUUCCUCUUGACUGGUCAGUGCCAGAGGAAACAGUUUUUUUCUACCCACUGUGAGUGUAUGUCGCCACACUAAAGCUAAAGCCCUGGAACACCUGGCUGCCACACAUCCUUAUGCUAAAUGUACCUCUUCAUUAGAGUAAAGCAGACUGUGGACUUGAGGAAAAAACGAAGUCAUGCUUGGGUAAAUGAAGACUCACCAUGAGGAAAGAGCAGGUGAAAGUACUGUGGACUCAGACAGGAUGGACAGGAUGUUGUAAACUGAGUCUCAAAUAGAAACCCAUCAAAGCUGCUUUUGGACAGCACAAUGUUUUAUAUAUAAACUGUCUCCUUUGCUAAAUGAGUUGUGCAACCAAGCGUGGGACAGUUGGAAAAGUGUGAAAUGACAUCAGACUUUAUGAAUAAUGCAUUACUUCUUCAGUUAGAAAGUGGGCACUGCAAGUGCCAAGUGUUGGGAAAUACAUUUAAAUGAGCAUCACUGUAGUAGUUACUGUACCUAACACAAUAACAGAUCACAACAAAAUAGAGACAAUAUAUAAUGAUGCUGUUUUUAAUAUGAGGUUUUAAAAUAUAUCAAAUCCAUGGUAAAAAAAAUCCAUGACUGUUCACAUCCCAUUAAAUCCCAAACAAUGCUGAGGUGGAAGAGGCUUUCGAGACUGGGUAUGUUGGACAGCUUUUCUGUUACAUGUUUCUGUGUGAGUGAAACAGCAU